AUGACGUCUAGAAGGGAAGACCAUCUUCUGCGCGGGCUGAGUUUCGAGGAAUUUCUCAGGCGAAGCAUCACCAACAGCCCGCCUGUAGAGACUGCACUUGACCGCCAGCAAUCAAGAUACACUCAGAGUCCAUCCGUCGAAGAUAGGCUGCAGUCAAGCCUGGUAGUGACACCCGCCUCCUCAGCCUCGCCAGAGACCCCGUCGCCGUUUGGUUGUCCCGCCAACAGUGGCGUGUGGAGGCCUGCAACUUCACUUGCAGGGCCUCCACCCCUUGACGUCUCGCAGACCCCGAUUCCCAAGUAUCCAUCACGACUAUAUACUCAGCAGUUCAUCUUUGGCCAGAGCAGCCAGCCGCAUGCAGAGUUCAACGCCGGAGUAAAACCCACGCAGUUCUUCGAUUUCACCUUUAACUGCGACAUGGUACGGGAGCAACAAUCGGCCCGCAAUCCGCUUGCGCCCUCCAUGGCGAACUCGUUGCCGCCCCCGAGUCCGCAACAGAAGGACAAGGACAAGACUGCGCUCGAACCGCGACGCCCACAAUUGACAGACUUGAAGAACACAGCGCCGAUUCAACCGGAGUUUGGCAAGCCGACGACCCUCGGGGCGUCGCCUCAACCCUUUGCCAAAGCACAACCGCUUGUCAGACCUGGCACUGGCGCCAACGUGUCUGCGCCCAGACAACCCAGUGGGAAUCAAAAGGACAAAUACUCGAAUCUGUUCGUCUCUUCGAAGAAUCCAGCGCAACGGCCCGAACUUCACAAACCGCACGCAGUCGCGAACCCCUUACAAGCGUUUCGAAAUAUCAAGACCAAUGAUAACCAACCCCCAAAACCGGCAUCGUCUCGCUCGGCAGUCCAGGAUGACGACCUCUUUGAGAUUCCCAAGCCAGCCAACUUUCCUAGUUGGCAGCCAAAACCUUUCGUUCCUCCGAGCUUUUCCUCCUCGACGUCAACGAAUCCGUUUUUCAAACCCCAGAAUGUCGUGGAUCUCACAGUCGAGAGGGGCACGGCCGCACCGGAUAGUCGAUUCCCUAUGGAAGAACCAUACUCGAGUGCGGAUCCGUACAUUUACAUGGACUCAGCGAAGGCGAACGAGAAUAUCAAAGCUCUGUUAGAAGGCGCAUUUGAGGAUGAAGAGGACAAACCAAAGACGAGGAGUCGAAAGAAGCAGCUAGACACGAAACUGGAUGAGUUGGCCGACAAGAUGAAAUCCAUGACAGUCGAAGGGAAUGGGGCCGCAGACGCAGCCGAUGCAGAAGAAGAGGACGAGGAAGACGACGGCACUGUUGUCGGGCUCAAAGUCAAGCUCCUUCAGCACCAGAUCGAGGGCGUCAACUGGAUGCGCGACAAAGAGACCGGGACCAAGAAGACAAGAGGAGUGUUGCCGAAAGGCGGCAUCCUUGCAGAUGACAUGGGACUGGGUAAGACGAUACAGUCGAUUGCACUUAUUCUCACCAACCCCAAGCCUAGUGCUGAGGAAUUGGAAAAGAGUAAACGCAAACUUGCCGAUGGUGUUGGCAAGGGAACUCUUGUGGUGGCUCCAUUGGCGUUGAUCAAGCAGUGGGAGGGCGAAAUCAAAGACCGAGUGGAGAAAGAACAUGCUCUCAAGGUCUGUGUGCACCAUGGACCUCAGCGAGCGAAGAGCUACAAGGAGCUUCAGAAAUACGACGUGGUCAUCACGACCUACCAGACAUUGUCAUCAGAGCACGCAGGAUCCGAGGGAUCAUUGAAAGUCGGCUGCUUUGGUGUCCAUUGGUACAGAAUCAUACUGGACGAGGCCCAUUCGAUCAAGAACCGCAACGCCAAAGCCACGAAAGCAGCCUGCGCUUUGAACGCCGAAUAUCGCUGGUGUCUGACUGGGACCCCAAUGCAGAAUAACCUGGAUGAGUUACAAAGUCUGAUCCACUUUCUCCGUAUCAAGCCUUAUGAUGACUUGAAUCUAUGGCGGGAGCAGAUUACCAAACCUUGGAACAACGGUAAAGCAGGCCUUGCUCUUCGGCGGUUGCAAGUUUACCUCAAAGCGUUCAUGAAGCGACGAACGAAAGAUGUCCUCAAACAGCAAGGUCCGUCAAAAGACGGAAAGGCGGGGACUGGAGGCAAGUCUCCUGGGUUUAAGAUUGUUGCACGGACAGUGGAGAAAGUCGAGGCCGAGUUUACUGAACCGGAGCGCGAGUUCUACAAGCGUCUUGAAUCCAGAACGGAUAAAAGUCUAGAGAUGAUGAUGGCAGGUAACAAGAUGAGCUACGCGUCUGCAUUGGUGUUACUGAUGCGCCUUCGACAAGCUUGCAAUCAUCCCAAGCUGACUGGCAGCGACUUGAGUAAAGAAAACGAUGCGUUGAGCGGCAGCCAGACACCGAGUCGAAGAAAGGCGAGCGUCGAAGAUGAUAUGGAUAGCAUUGCCAACAUGCUCGGCGGGCUUAGUGUGGAAACCAAGCUGUGCGACGUCUGCCAGAUCGAGCUCAGUCCGAGAGACGCCUCUGAAGGAGCCAUUCGCUGUCCAGAAUGUGAGGCUGACCUUCAAGACCAAAAAGAAAGAUUUAAGGAGAAGAAAAAGGCGAAGAGAGAGAAGAGAAUCAAGCAAGAACGCAAGGCGGUUCAAGCUCAGCGCAAAGCCGCACGGCGAAUCGUUGAGGAUAGUGACGACGAAGAGAACGACAAUGAAGAUCAACCAGCCGACGAUUCCUCUAUCUCCGGGGAUGAUGCCCAAGAUGACGACGAAGAUGACUAUUCCUCAGACGAGUCUGGCAGCGAAGAACCGACGGUCAUGCAGUCUACCAAGAUUCGACAUUUGAUUUCACUCCUGAAGGCGGGCUCACAUCAACACAAGUACAUUGUCUUUUCGUUCUUUACUUCCAUGCUGGACCUGAUCGAGCCUUUCCUGAAGGAACACCGCAUCCGCUUCGCCCGAUACGAUGGCAAGAUGCGAAAUGAUGCCCGUGAGGCGAGUCUGAAUUCCUUACGCACCGACCCUUCCACGCGGGUUCUGCUCUGCUCGCUUCGCGCCGGCAGUCUCGGGCUCAACCUCACGGCCGCGAGUCGGGUCGUCAUUCUUGAGCCAUUCUGGAACCCGUUUGUUGAAGAACAGGCCAUUGACCGGGUUCAUCGACUGAAUCAGACUCAGGACGUUAAAGUCUACAAGCUCACGAUCAAAGAUACCGUUGAAGAACGGAUUCUGGAGCUCCAAGACAAGAAGCGCGAACUGGCCAACGCAACGAUUGAAGGCAAGAAGGGGGCCAUGAAGUUGACUCUCCAGGACAUGUUGAAGUUGUUUGGUCGCGAUGCUGAACGUGAGCAUCCUGUUGAGACGAAUCAGCCGGCGAUAGGUCCGGGUCCCAAUCGAGGACGAGCGGGACUUCUUGAUGCUCGGACUGGGAGGACUAACAGUCCAUCUACUGAUACUGGAUUGCAUACUACUACCUCUUGGGUUGCUGGCGGGAGUCGUGGCUCGAGUACCAUUGGUAACAACAGCACUGCCAGUGCGGGUGAUAGCAGGCGUGAGAGAAUGCGGCUCAGCGGUGACAACAAGAAUAAAAAUCCACGCAAGGAGCAUGAGAUUUAUGGUCGACGAUGGUGA